AUGUCAAACAUAAACGUGGAACCAUCAAAUAGAACUUUAGGAAACGCAGGUGCAAAUGCAAAUGAAAAUGCAAAUGAAAAUGCAAAUGCAAAUGCAAAUGCAAAUGCAAAUGCAAAUUCAAACACAAACACACACGCUUCCCCCUCGUUAAUUGUAGACUCCGAACCUCAACUACAAAAUAAAAUUUACAACUUGCAAAAAAAUUAUAAAUCAUUCCUAAUAAACUCCCAAUGGAUACUAAACAUCCUAAUCAUCAUCAACACAAUUUGGUUAUUCCUCUCCAUCAUCUCCGAUUAUUUCUUCAACAUCUCCGUUUUUUUCAAUUCAAACAAUAAAUUAAAUAAUUUCAAUGACAUCUCGUUAAUCAUUCUAUCCAUUAUUGCCAAUUGUUUCAAUCUUUGGUUCACAAAUUCAAACCUUUAUUCCUCCCUAGAUUCAUUCCUCAAUUUGACUCUAUGCUUACUGACUUUAUUCAAUUUGAUUCUCAUUUUUGCAAUCCAUUAUACAAGAUCAAGAAUCGGUAUCAUCGGUAUCUUCACUUAUCUUUGGGCUUCAUUUUCAUUUUUAAUUGGCUUUGUCCUAGAUUGGUAUUUCCUUCAUUAUACAACUCAAUUAAAUAACAUUUACUCUGAACAAUCCGAAUUUCCCUCACAAACAAAUUAUAAUUCAAUCAAUCACAACCACACUCCACCCCCACCCCCACCCCGUUCUAUCGAUAAACAUACUUUUAAAGAAUGGAUUUUCAUUGGGUUUAGAACCUUUAUCAAAUCCCUCAUUCUACUCUACAUCAGUUUUUUCACUUUAAACACAUUAUUAUCCACUUGGGAUUUACAUCAAACAACAAAAUAUAUCAAUAAUUCCUCUACAUCAUCAUCAUCAUCAUCAUCAUCACCUGAUUAUGAAUCGUUCCACUGGACAAACACAGCUCAUACUCAUCAAUUACAUAUCCAAUGUUUUGGUGAUGUGUUCAAUUCAACAGAUUCAUUACAACCCAUCAUCUUAUUCGAACAUGGUUCAUUCGAUACAAGUUAUCAAUCUGCAAAUUGGAUUAAAGAAUUGUAUCAUUUAAAUAAAAUACAUCGAUAUUGUACUUAUGAUCGUCCAGGUUACGGAUUAAGUGAUUCACCUCCAGCUCCAAUCUCGAUUGCCAUCUUGGCCAAUUCUUUACAAUACGCAUUAUUCGAAGAGGCCCAAAUCCAAGGACCUUUCAUUACUAUAGGCUAUGAUAUGGGUGGAUUAUUAACUCAAGUCUUUACUGCUAAAAACUUGGAUAAAGUACAUGCAAUGAUGCUUAUAGAAUCUUGGCAUGAGGAUUUAUUAUUGAAAAAUUAUAUUCAACGACUCUUACCUCCAUCUGAUGAUGAUGACGGUGACAACUAUUAUUAUUCACAAAUCAUCAACAUUCUCGCAUCCUCAUCAAAACUCCCACCUGGUGUGAAACGAUUAAAUGAAUUGAAAAUCUUAUGGGAUGGUCUUUGGUCUCCAUUAGGUUUGAAUUUGCAAUCUUCAUGGUUGAUAGCUCAUCAUGGGUCCUUUGAAAGAAUCUUUGGUCGUGAUAUGAAAUUCCAAGGUAAAUUCCUCAGAAUGAAAUUCUUGGAAAGUUUGACAAGUUCGUUAUUAAGUUAUAACGAUGUCAUCAAUUCCAAACAAGAUUUACAAAAUGUUAAAACAAGUGUUGUUACAUCCAAAGAAAUGGUGAAAAAUUCAUUGAAAUGGGGGGAAUGGCAAAGAGAUUUAUCGAAAUUAUCAAACCAAGUGAAAGAAUGGAAAAUUGUAGAAGGUGGUCAUGAAUUUUAUAAAUUUGGUCUUGGUAAAAAACAAACUCAAGAGGUUUUAUUGCGCUUAUUAAAUUGA